ACAGUAUCAUCUGUGGAAAGCAGCAGUGAGUUGUGACAGUAAUUAUUUUAAAAAUUAUUAAUAAAUUAAUUUACCAUUUGGCAUUUUAAUCACUGUUCCAUAACUAUUUAGUUAAUUCUUAAUUAGUCUGCGCACUAUUCCAUGGUGCAUGUGGGUGAUGUAGAAGCUAACACUGAAUUACUCAAUUCCUUAAAAUUCAAUUAAUGUGAUUUUGGUCUUGGUUAUCAUAAUAUUCACGCAGUCACAAGUACAUGUAUCAGAAAAGUUUUAAUUUUUGUAUAUAAAAAUAAAAGUUUAUUCGUUUAUAAUGUCCGAAAACACUACGGGAUUAAAAUUUGACGAUACAAUACAUUGUCGUUUUUAUUCUCUUUCUCAAUCUUCGGAUUUAGAACAAUUAUGUGAAUCUAUCAAUAGGGCAAUUCUUUCCAAAUCUCAGGGAUAUGUUUGGAAUAGAGAUGAAUUUAGAGUCAACAUUCCAUUGCAUCAACUUGAAAAUAAUGGUAAAAUACCUCACUUGAUUAGUGUUACAUGUUUUGGUGACAAUAUUGAAGAUGAAUGGUUUAUUGUUCAUUUAAUUUUUGAAUUAACAAGAAUGUUCAGUGAUUUAAUAGUUCAUGCUGAGGACAGUGAUGGCUCUUUUUUGCUUAUAGAGGCUGCAGAUUACUUACCUCCUUGGUUAAAUCCUGAUAAUGCUGAAAAUAGGGUUUUAAUUUAUCAAAAUAAUAUUCAUAUAAUUACACCAGAAUUGGUAAAAUUGGAAAAUCAUCUUGAAAUAUGUGAUGCUGUAAAAUUGGUUUCAUAUAAUUGUGAAAAAACAAAUGCUUGCAUUGAUAUACAGAAUGCAAUUAAAAAAAAAAUAUCUGGAUAUCCACAAAAGAUAAAAGAUAACAUGCAUAUGGCAAUUGUUAGUUUACCUGUAGAGAUUGCUGCAAUUUUAAAAUUAAGACCAUCAAUAAUAUCACCUAUAGUCAAUAGUUACUGUAAUCUUGAUGCAUUGGAAGCUAAAAAUUGUAGAAAUAUUGAUUAUACAAAUUGUGUAUUAACACAAAUUCAAUUCACUAAAUACUUGUAUGCAAUGCUUAUGCAUUCUAAACUUAUACAGAAAGGAAGGUAUAAUAUUCCAGAAACUGACAAAAGAGCUCAGCUUGGUUUUAAAUUAACAUGUGGGUAUAAUGUUAUCAUGAAACAAAAUUCAAAAGAUAUUUUUAAUACAUUGGAAUACAAAAAAUAUAUGUCUAAUUUAUCUAAGACAGGUUACUUUAAAGAUAACAUAGAGGGUUCUAAGGAAUAUACAAAGUUGUUAGAAAAGGCUAAAUCAUUUUUUUUCAGUACGGAAUGCCCUAUGAACACCCAUAUUAUCAAUGAAAUAACUCACUUAAAAUCUGAUAAAUUAUUUGAAGAAAUCAAACAAUCCAUUGUAAAAUGUGAUAACUCAAAAUUGUAUGAAGAUGAUGAUGACUGGUUAAAUAUAUGUCCAGAUGAACUAAAUAACAUAUUGAUUAGUAAUUAUGAUAAAAGUACAAAAAUUAAUAACAAGGAUUGGGAUUCUCCUCAGAAUAUUAGUUCUGCAUUAACAGAUUUUUUAAAAAAGUCUUCAGAUUUUGAAGGGAUUGAAAGAAUAGAAGAUGUUGAAGAUAACAAUAUAGAUUUUGAUGCAGAACAAUUUACUAUGUGUCUUGAAAAAUUCUUAAAUAUAGCAACAUCAAAUGUUGACAUAGAAUUAAGUGAAGAUAGUGAAAAUUAUGAAGACAAUGAUGAAAUAUGUCAAGAAAUUGAAAAAGAACUUAGCUCCAAGUUAUGUAGUGCACCAUCAAAUGUAGAUGAUAAGACAGUUCUAGAUAACUUAGUUCAGAGUAUGAAAGAGGAGGGACUAUCGGGACCUUCAAGUAAUGUAUUAAAAACAAUUGGCAUUUGCAAAACAGAUUUAUUAGACUCUGAUGAUGAUGAAUAAAUAUAAAAACAACAUCAAAUACCUCUUACAUUUAUAAACCUCCACCAUGCACUGUUUCAUUUUUACAUUAAAAUGUACUUCUUAAUAGUAAAACGAUUAUUUUUUAAAUGUUUCUUACACAUUGAUAAUUUAAAAUAAAAAUAUUAAAUAUCAUAUGUAAAUGGAAACAUGGACACAAUUACAUUAUUGAAUGUAGAUCUAAGCCAGACAAUAAAAAAAAAACCUCGUCAAAUAUAAUUGAGCUUAUUUUCUAUAAUUCUUUUUUUUUAAUGUCGUUGUCGCCUGAUGGUAAGCUCUACCACCAUCCAUGAACAUUAGCAGAGGCAUAAGGUCGAUUGCAGAUCUUACGCCUCUACAUAUAUAUUGCCGCCUUCAAAUUAGAAAGGGAAUAAGAAAUGAUUCAUGAGAGGAAUACAGAAUUGGACUUGGAAGGGAAAGGAAAAGGGCCUCCAGCUCCCCCACUCACCGAACGACACACAGCAGUAUGCUGUUUCACGCCGGUCUAUUAGUUGUGGUACUUGCUGAUACGGGCUGGCCCAAUUCAUGCCGAAGGGUGCUCGAAUACCACAUACAAAAUAAUAUUUUAGUUUCAAUAUAAAUAAAUUUUGAAAUAUUGCGUAAAAUAAUUCUAACUAAUGAAAAAAAAAA